ACAUCAUCAAAAGGAAACGAGGAAGAAAAAUAUUAAGAAGAGGAACCUUCCCAAAACUUCUCUCAUUUGUUCUCUCUUUCAUUCAUUCAACACAUACAACUCACCGCCUUUUAUUUUCCCCCAAAUCAUCAAAACCCUAAUUUAAUUUCAACCCACCAUGUCCUACCAACCACAAUCACCCGAUCAAUCAGACGACGGCGUCGGCCGCCGUCUAUACAACCCAUACCAAGAUCUCAACAUUCCAGCCAGAACGCUAUACAAACUCCCAACCUCGCCGGAAUUUCUAUUCCAAGAAGAAUCAGUCGCACAACGACGUUCAUGGGGCGAAAACCUAACCUACUAUACCGGAAUCGGUUACCUCGGCGGCUCAAUUUACGGCGGAGUAAAAGGGUUACCAUUAGCUAGAAAAGAAUUCGAACCUAGUGAUUCUAGGAAACUGAAAUUGAAUAGAAUAUUAAAUAAAUGUGGACAAAAAGGUGGUGAAUUUGGGAACAAAACUGGUGUUUUAGGUUUGUUGUAUGCAGGUAUUGAGAGUGGAAUGGUUGCUGUUCGAGAUACCGAUGAUAACGUUAACAGCGUUGUCGCUGGGCUCUGCACCGGGGCGGUUUAUAAGGCGGCGCAAGGCGUGCGGUCUGCUGCCAUUGCUGGUGCUAUUGGUGGUGUCCUUGCUGGAUUGGCUGUUUCUGGUAAACAGGUUGCAAAAAGAUACAUUCCCAUUUGACGGAUUACUUAAAGUUUUAAAAUUUUGAUCAUUAUAUGUUAUGUAGUGGUUUUUUACGAUAUUUUUGAUCGACGAUAUUGGAACAAUAGGAAAAGAAAAAAAUAGUAGAUAAUUGUGAUGAUGAUUCCCUUUAUGUUUGUGAUGAUGAUACGGAAUGUAUCAGUGGUUUGUUACGAAUAAAUUGUUAUUGUUGGCUCUUUGAUAUGGGAAUUGUAUAACUCAUUCUUUUCUUAGUAAUGUUGCCUUGUUGAAAUGUUGAAUAUUGGUCUGCUUAUAGUGAUAAUAAUACCUACUAAUUUAUGAAAA